AUGCAGCUAAAUGUCGAACGGCUGUCCUCCCAUUCCACUCAUUACUCAACUCGAUCAACCCCUCUUUCCAGAUUCAAUUAUAAGUCUGAACACCAACAAAAUUCAGCAUUAAACCUAGGCCAUGAUGCUCUUAAAAGUGCACAAAUUGUUCCUAUGAUUAAAUUUUCAAGAUGUCUCCAUACUAUAGUCACUUCAAGUUCAGCUCAGUCUGUAUUGAGAAAUAUGUGUGUUUUUUUCUGUUUCCGGUAUCUAGGCUUUAUUGGCAACUUUCAAACAAGCAGCAGCUGCUUAAGAAGUUAUGACAAAAGAGUCGGAAGAUAUAUAUGCCAUGCCACCACCGCUGAAUAUUGA